GCAGCACUUUCAUUUACCUUUUGAACACCAUCAGCUGUGUAUGACACUCGAGAGAAACUACCUAAAAUUAUGGAAAAUUGGCUAAGGGAUUCGCUGUCCAAAUGUUUGGAAUGUGUGGUGACAGAGCAAAUGAUGUCAGCAAUUUUGGCCAUCAAAACGGAUCAGGAUUUUGAUAAUUAUUUUGGCAAUCUGCUAAGCGAAGAGAAUGAGGAGCAUCGUUUGUUUUUGCUCAACUGCCGCCGUAUGCUAUUGAGUGGCAAACAGCCCAGACAGAGGUCAACGAAGUCGAAUCAGAACCACUCUCCACCAGCACCAGCGGGCAAAUCUGGAUCUGGAAAAUCAGGCAAAUACACCAAUAUAUAUGCCAGCGAGACGAAAGUGCUAAAGGGCCGACGUCAGUGUCAGUGCCAGGCCACCCAGCACAAGCUGAUUAAUAAUUGUUUGGGCUGCGGGCGCAUUGUGUGCGAGCAGGAGGGUAGUGGACCAUGCCUUUUCUGCAAUGAAUUGGUUUACACGGCUGCCGAGGAGGACCAACUGCUGGCCAAGGCUCACAGCGGCCAAACAACAAAAGGCAACAAGAAAAAGCAGCAGCAGCAAUCGCAAUCCCAAUCCCUAGAUCAGGCAUUGGCUCAAAGAGAUCGCCUUCUGGAAUAUGAUAAAAAUAGUGAAAAGCGAACGACUGUUAUUGAUGAUGAGUUGGACUAUUUUCAGGAGAAUUCGGUCUGGCUGACAGAAGAGGAGCGCGAGAAAUUCGAGCGCCUUAAGAGUGAAAUGCAGGAACUAAAACAUGGAAGUCGACUGAAACGUAAAAUUAAAAUCGAUUUCGCUGGACGUGAAGUCCAGGAUGAGCAACCUGAGCAGCGUAUAAUGCAAGAGCUCCAAGCUAGCAUUAACAGCAGCAAAGGGAAUUUUACUUCUGGUCUAAGCAUGGCGGCCCCGAAUCUGGAUAUGGCCAAACCGCUUGUAUAUAGAGCCAAUAAAGAUUUCAAAACCUCAAUGGCAACUAUCUCCAAUGAUGGUCUAGAAAGGGUAUACAAUCGGGUGCAGGAUAAAGAACUAAUGGAAAUGCAAGACAUGCGCCAGUGUCUGUCCAUGCACCAACCGUGGGCAUCACUUCUUAUAGCAGGCAUUAAAAAGCACGAGGGGCGCGUGUGGUAUAGUGAGCAUCGUGGACGUCUUUGGAUAGCUUCAACGUCUAAGCUUCCCCAUGACGAGGACAUUGAACAUAUGGAGCAAUUUUACAAGCAACUUUAUCAAGAUCCCAAUUUGAAGUUCCCGGAACAUUAUCCCACAGCCAGCCUCUUGGGAUGCGUCCAUGUUGACGAUUGUUUGCCUCAGGAGACAUAUAGAGAUUUAUAUCCGCAUGGAGAAUCGGACAGUCCAUAUGUUUUGGUAUGCACAAAACCUGAACAAUUGCCGAUUUUUCUACCUGUCCAGGGGGAUCAUAAAAUAUAUGAAUUGCCUCUGAAAACACACAAUGCAGCCUGUAAGACGCUAUUGAAGGCCAGAGCUCUGGCCGCAAAGGCAACCAAUUAGAGUCUUUAUUUCUCUCUACACUGGGAUGACAAUCGACAUUCCACUUAAAUAAAAAAUUGUGAUCUUUUGUGAAA